GGGGGCGAGGCAGAGGCGGCUCGGCCCGCGCAGGGGCUCGCGCGGCGGCGGUUGUGGCGGCGCCAGAUGAAUUCCCGUGAGGUGUUUGCCCCAAGUGCCGGCGAGGAGAAGCUCGGAGGAGCGGCUGCAGGAGCGUGAGGACCGCGGUUUGUCAGCGCUGAGUGCCUGGCGCUGGCUGAAAAAAGAUAAAGCCACCUGAGUGUGUUACCAAGUUACGGAACAGCUGUCUUUUCAAACGUAUAAACAGAAAGGAUAUUCUCUACUUCCUUUUUUAAAUGAAAGAAGCUUUAACUAUGACUCUAGUGAGAGAACAUUGGGACAGCAUUUCCCCCUCUGCAGUCACUUGGGAGAGAACAAGGGAGCAGAGACCCAGCCUAUAUACUGUUUCAGAAAAAGAAAGAGGUUGAGCCAUGCCUUUGGUGAAAAGGAAUAUCGAACCAAGGCAUCUCUGCCGAGGAGCUCUGCCAGAGGGAAUAACUAGUGAACUGGAAUGUGUAACGAAUAGUACCCUCGCUGCUAUCAUCCGCCAGCUAAGCAGCUUAAGCAAACAUGCUGAAGACAUAUUUGGUGAAUUGUUUAAUGAGGCUAACAGCUUCUACAUCAGAGCAAAUUCCCUUCAAGACAGAAUUGAUCGCCUUGCUGUCAAAGUUACCCAGCUGGAUUCAACAGUAGAAGAGGUAUCGUUACAGGAUAUCAACAUGAAAAAAGCUUUCAAAAGUUCAACGAUUCAAGAUCAGCAGGUAGUGUCAAAGAACAGCAUUCCUAACCCAGUGGCUGAUAUUUAUAAUCAGAGUGACAAACCGCCUCCUCUGAAUAUUCUUUCGCCUUAUAGGGAUGAUAAGAAAGACGGAUUGAAGUUCUAUACUGAUCCUUCCUAUUUUUUUGAUCUCUGGAAAGAAAAAAUGUUACAAGAUACCGAAGAUAAGCGAAAAGAAAAGAGGAGACAAAAGAGAGAGAAACACAAGCUGAAUCCAAACAGAAACCAGCAGAUUAAUGUGAGAAAAGUAAGAACAAGAAAAGAAGAGUGGGAGAGAAGGAAAAUGGGCAUUGAGUUCAUGAGUGACGCAAAGAAAAUGGAGCAGGCAGGAAGCAUGAAAGAGGACAAAAUGCCCAAAGGGUCCCAUGCAUCUGAUGUUACAGAUUAUUCUUAUCCUGCCACUCCGAAUCAUUCCCUCCAUCAGCAGAUAGCAAUGCCUUCAUAUGGAACAGGAGAUGGUCCACAGUACAUGGGAGUAUCCCAAAGCCAUGAGCAUGAAUACAGACCACCUUCUACCACCGCACGACAUGCUACUUUAAACAGACCUCAGCAACCACCUCCACCUCCACCCCAGCCUUCAGAUGGCCAACAUAGCUCAGUACCUGUGGUACCAGCAGAAUAUGGGAUGGUUCCAGCUCAGAUGGUGGAUUAUUACAAUCCUACGGGGCCUCCCCCUCCUCCUCCCCCCCCAAUGAUCCCUUCAGCACAAACUGCGUUUGUGAGUCCCCUUCAGCUUCCUGUGCCGCCUUCCCAUCCCGGACUGGUGACGGGCUCUACAUAUGCAGCUACUCAUCCUCCUCCUCCUACUGGGCUUGUUGUCACUGCUCCUCCUCCUCCUGGCCCACCUCCCCCCCCUCCAGGCCCUCCUGCUGCAGCUUCAUCCCUCUCUUCCUCCCCCAUGCAUGCUCCUCCAGCUGCUGAGGCAAAACGCCAUGACGCUGCACAGCCGCCAAUAAGUGAUGCGCGAAGUGAUCUUCUUGCUGCCAUCCGAAUGGGAAUUCAGCUGAAAAAAGUGCAAGAACAACGUGAACAAGAAGCAAAGCGAGAACCAGUGGGAAAUGAUGUGGCAACCAUCCUUUCAAGACGCAUCGCUGUGGAAUACAGCGAUUCUGACGACGAUUCAGAAUUUGAUGAGAACGAUUGGUCAGAUUGAACCUGCUCUAAGCACACUGGCAAGUUCAUGAAAUACUUGGCUUCAGUGAUUGCUUUCUUAGCACGAUGUAAAGCAGGAUGUUGACAUGUAUUAAGGCUAGUGAUUGAAGUGCUAAAAUUGAAUUGGUAUUAUUCAGAAUGCUGUAGCUUAGCAACUCUGGUAAUAAUGUGAUUAUGCUUAUGCAGAUCAGAAACUUGUCUUACUUUCAGUAUUUACCGCAUAAUACUUAAGUGCCACUAAAUGUAGCAAAUCAUGUGCUGCGUGCAAAAUACGCUGCAGUUGUUGCACUGUUACAGAACCAGCAUUUUAUUUUACUUUCCUGAUCUUAAGGGAUAAAAUAUAUUUUUUUGACUUUGCAUCUUACUCUUUCAAUUAUGUAAACAAGUUGGGUACUUGUGAAUUGGUCUGCAUGUUAGCUUUUGAGGACAGUUAACUGUAUGACUGGGUGAAGUGCUGAGUUCCAUAAAUACACAACUUUUUAAAUUUUUAUUAGAUGCUAAUUAUGCCCAUGUUAAAAUGCAGCAGACAGUAACCAAAUACCUACUUAGUCUAUUUUUAAGCACAUCUGGGCUUAGUUUUUUUGCAUACAGAUUUAAUUCUAUAUAACUCAACCUUUUUUAAUAUUACAAAUGUAGCAGAUGAUGAAAUGUAUGCUCUGAAGAAUGAGUCCACGUGAUCCAAAAUUAACAUGUUAUGAGCAGACUGGACAAAUUUGUAACAGCAAUAGCCCUAGGUUGCUGCCUGCUUGUUGGGUAGAAUGCUGGGAAGCCUCAGGUAGGUGGUGAAUGUGUGUCUGUAUUAUAAAAGAGGGUUAAAACACCUGUACAGCUUUUCAGUUUUAUGAUACAGAUCAACUAGACACAAAAAUUUCAGGAUAGACCUGAUUGAAGCCAUGUGGGUGUUGCAUUGUAGAAACGUCAUGCUGUUAUUGCUGAAGAAUGGAACUCUGCCAGUCUACAUCUAGCAAUCAGAUACAUUUCACAAGUAUUAAACUUGGUCCUUUUGCUUGUAGGUACAAAUAUUUGUAAAUAAGUUUUGUUUGUUGAUUUGUGUAUGUAUAGUCAUGACAGAUUGUUUUCGGUUUCCUGUAGCACAUUUACUCAAAACUACCAUUACUUUGAAUGUAUUUCUUUCCUAGUACAUCGCAUUUAUGUAACAGUUAUUGGCAGAUAAAGCAGUUUUAAUGGCUGUUUAGGUACUGUGCUGUCUGUGUACAUUCUUUUUCUCUUUCCCUUGGAACAGUGGCUGACAUAGUCUGCUUUGGCUGUCUGUUUUCUUUAAAAGUAAUUCAUAUUUUUUUCUCAGUACAGUAUUAAAAUGUUUUUUUCUUUUGGACUGGGAGUAGGGCUGCUGCUUUGCCUAAUGAGGCUUUUAAAAAUGUAUUAAGAGGAGAAAUUUCUUUCAUUAACAGGUUAAUUUUAAUCUUUGUAACAGAAGUCAGUGUAAUUCCAGGUCUAAACAUUUGGUAAAACUCCUUUGUUCUGUGAGGCCCUGUCUGUUCUUAAAAAUAACAAAGAAAAAAAGUAUAUGAAAUGAAAACAAACAAAUGAAAUGGAAGAUCAUUAUCUAACCUCUGUUUACACAAUUAACAGUUUUUAGUCCUGAGAAUGUAACAGCCUAACAAAAUGUUUGCAUGCAAGCUGCUGGCGAUUUCAUUGCUGUUUAAUCUGCAUUUAUUUUUUUUCAAUUUGUGAUGGUUGCUUAUAUGGUAGGGUGGCAACAUGCUGCCUCAAUGUCGGUGUUAAAGAUUUAUCUUAUAAAGUACAACCAAUCUCUGCAUAAUGCAAUCUGCAACUACAGUUCCUGCUAAUCAGUGGCAGCUGAAGGUACUCAUCUCAGUUUGCUAGAUCUGUUCUUGUCUUUGCCUUAAAUACAAAGCUGACUUUUGCUUUAUUUUGUGCACUGGAGUCUGAGGUCUGCGUGUCCACAGAGGCCGUAGCUUGAUGAUGGCUUUCACUAAUGCACGAGGGAUGGUUUGUUCUGAUCAUAACGAUGCACGUGCACGGUGGCUUGCAAAAUGUUCUCCAGAUGAGUCGGAUCGAAGCGCGACUCAGACUGCAGUGUUACGCUGCUGUACAGGUGGGGAGAGUACUCUCAGUAUUCUUUUAAUACGUGUUGAAAUAUAUCAGCAGAAAAUUCUUUCCAUUCUACUGAAAUUUGAUAUGACAGAAGAUUUAUUUUAUGAGCACAGAGGCUGGGUGUAUCUGAAAUUUUGUAACUUGUUGUUUUUAAAUAAUAAACCUUAAACAAGCAACCAGUUGUGACCAGUUAAGGUGGUGUAGAUUUUUCAGUCUUAUUAGCCAACCUGUUUUUCUGAACCUGCUAUGUUGUCAUUUUCCUUUCAGCAUUAAUUAAUAAAAAUGUGAAUUUAGUGAUGUAAACUAACAUUCUAGGCUGUUUUUAUCAGUUUUAUCAUACUUCGGGUUGUGAAUAAGUAACAAAUAUGAAUAAAAUCUCACUUUUGAGCCUG